AUGCCUCGGGGUAGACCGAAAUCACACUUGCCUCCAUGCAAAUUUUGCAACAGAGAGUUCAAGCGCUUGGAGCACCUGAAACGACAUGAACGAACCCGUGCGUGUUGCCGUCAAUCAUUCUUGGCUGCUAUCAAAUCUAAUCUGGCAGUCAAUCUAGACACGCAGGAAAAGCCAUUCCACUGUCAAUGUGGUCACUCUUUCUCUCGGCAGGACCUGUUGAGUCGCCAUGAAAGGCUGCAUCACGCCCAAGGGCGAGUCACCCGGUCAAGUGGUCUUUCGGACGACAUAGAUGUCGUUGAAGAACCCGAACAUAGGGCACCUCUUCAAGUAGAGCCUCCAGAUCAGCUGGGCUUGAGCUUUCACCCCUCGCCUUUGUCGGAUGAAAUUCCGCCAAACCCCUCCAAUAUGGCUCAACCAGCCAGUGACUCUUAUGGAGUAACCCUAAGUCAAGAUGCAUUGCAGUUACCUGACUUGUCGUGGGACAAUGACGCUUUCUCUUUUCCAGACUUUAUACCAUCUCAAUUCCUGGAAACGGGUGUUUCUCUUAGUGAUCUAUUCCAGCAAAUGCCACCACAGAACGAGCUGGGGACUUACAGCUCUGCCGAAAAUGGAUCUAUAUCGGUGCCUCAACUCCUGACUCCUACUCAGAGCAAGAGCUCUCCGCUACACAGCGACGUGCAUGACAGCAUGAACUUAAGACACCCUCCACGGUUUCCAUCCCUAGGCGAUAACAUUGACAUCAGCAAUAUGGACACAAGAUCUGAGACUGCCAAUUGCCCAUGGGCUGUAUUGCCCUCGAAUUACAGAACAAUCAUGAACAAGAUGACGACUUUGAAGCCUGCGUUGCUGAACACACCAUUUCCAUCAAAAUGCACUCUUGUGCGCUAUCUCGAGGGCUACUUUCGAAAAUUCCAUGACCACUUUCCGUUUCUGCAUAUGGCAUCGUUCAGGCCAGAGAAUGUUGGAAUGGAGCUUCUGUUGUCCAUGGCUGCAAUUGGUGCGUUUUACUGCUUUGAGUAUAGGGAAGGCUAUCGUUUGUAUGGUGCAGCUCGCUCGUUGAUCGAGUCCAGUUUGGGAUCUUGUCGUGAUGAUUUGAUUGAUCAAUUGACAUCCCACGCUCCGAGAUCCACUGAAGCAGGGCACGGGGCUCGGGAAUUUACUUCUUCUCCUCGACUAUCAUCGCAUGCAACCGAAACCCCUCGAUCGAGCGCUUCGUCGACCGAAGAUGACGAGCUGCAAGCUCGCCUUGAAAGAGCACAAGCUUUGAUCAUCCUCAUAGCCACAGGCACAUGGGGUGAUCAAGCGCUUCUCCAAGACAGUUUAGCUAUGAGCAGUCAACUCGCGUACUUGGUACGCCAGCUCGGAAUCGAUAAGCCAGACGAUUCCAGCAACGCAAAUCUAGAUUGGCUGGCUUGGACAGCUCACGAACAGCUACGCCGCACAUUGCUCGUUGCAUACGUCAUUCUCAACUUGAACAGUAUAAUUACAAAUGUACCGCCAAUGAUAUUGACCCCAGACGUUGCCCUGUGUCUGCCGUCCUGUGAGGCCGAAUGGGGUGCCAAUUCGUCAAUCGCUUGGCAGCGCCAUCGCGAUGUAUCGGCUUUGAGGGAGCGUCCGUUUGUGCAAACAUUGAAUCAACUGUUCAUUGGUCAAAGCAUAUGCGAUGAAUGGGGAGUGUCAGCCUUCUCAAACUAUCUCUUGAUCCACGCAAUCCUCCAGAGGAUAUAUCUUGAAAUUCAAAUUCCACGAGAAACGUCAUUCAUUCAACCCGAACUCUUCAAAACGUUUGAACAAGCCCUUAGGCUAUGGCAGCAUUCAUGGGAAACUACAUGGGAGUCGACUCUUGAUCCAAACUCACCAAAAGGCCCGAUUGGGCUCAACGCAACAGCGCUGCUACGCCUGGCCUACAUCCGGCUCAACAUCAGGACAGGACUAUGUCAUGACUUUGUCACCAGCGACACCUCAAAGACCAAAGAAGGUCUGGCCAAGUUUAAACAAAUAUCUCUUGUUCGAUCUGCGCCACUGGAUAGGGCAAUUCUUCAAUGCAUACAUGCCCUCAGUAUCCCCGUCAGGGUCGGCAUCCAAAAUGUGGCUUGCACCCAGGUGAUGCAUUGGGGUAUCCAACAUUCCAUAUGCCACCUUGAAUGCGCAUUGCUUCUUUCCUUAUGGGUGCAAAACAUUGCGGAAGUCGUUCGAACCAGUGGACUAGUUGCCUUGCGUGGGGAUGAACUCAAACUACUCACCAUGGCGAAGGGCCUUGUCAAAGAAACACAUUUACAAGAAACCAUCGAUUACCAGGAAGAGACAGCAGAGAAUUUACAUCGCCUUGCCGCAUCAACCGCUCGGCUAUGGGCUGAGAUCACUAGUGGAACGCAUGUUUUUGAUAUUGUUCGUCGGAUUGGGAUAUGUCUGUCGGUCAUCUCUGAUGCUCUCGAGUCAGAAGCUUGCCCAGGUGUAUACUAG